AUGCAGUCAAUUUUCUUGCUGCUGGGCCUCUCUGCCGCCAUCUCUGCUAGUCCUCUAGGUCAACAGGUGCCCUUGAGCGAAACAGAGCCUGCAGGACAGGUGCUGGCUUCUCGCAAACCACUAAGUGGUCGAUUUUUGCAUAUAACAGAUUUACAUCCUGACCGCCUUUACAAACCCGGCACCUCCAUCGAUCGCUCGUGCCACCAUGGUGAUGGACCCGCAGGAUACUUUGGAGCCGAGGGCACCGACUGCGAUGCACCCCUGUCCCUGGUGAACGAAACCUUCCGCUGGAUCGAAAACAACUUGAAGGACGACAUUGAUUUCGUGAUUUGGACCGGCGAUUCUGCCCGACACGACAAUGACGAAAAAGUGCCUCGCUCGGCCGAGGAGAUUGUAGAGCUGAACAGAUUUAUGGCACAAAAAUGGAUAGAGCUGUUUAGCCAGGGACAAAGCGAGGAUACCAUGGGUGCGGUCUCGAAGUUAUCGGUCCCCGUGAUUCCGACCUUCGGCAACAACGAUAUCAUGCCCCACAACAUUUUCGACGAGGGUCCGAAUAAGUGGACGAAGCGCUUUGCGGAGGUAUGGAAGGAGUUCAUUCCGGAGGACCAGCGUCAUACCUUUGUGGAGGGCGGCUGGUUCACUUCUGAGGUAGUCCCCGGUCGGCUGGCGGUGAUCAGUCUGAACACCAUGUACUUUUACGACUCCAACAGUGCGGUCGAUGGAUGCAGUGCCAAGGACGAGCCUGGAUACGAGCACAUGGAGUGGCUUCGCGUCCAGUUGAAAAUCCUCCGGAGCCGAAACAUGAAAGCCAUCCUCAUGGGACACGUUCCCCCGGCACGCUCGAGCGAGAAGAAGAACUGGGAUGAGACUUGCUGGCAGAAGUAUACUCUCUGGAUGCAUCAGUAUCGUGAUGUUGUUGUUGGCAGUCUUUACGGCCACAUGAAUAUCGACCACUUUAUGCUUCAGGACAGCAACAAGGUCAAAAUUGCCUCUGAUGCUGACGGGAAGAUGUCUAUCCGCUCAAAGACCAACUACCUCGGAUCACUCCGAGACCAAUGGUCGUCUUUACCCUCUCCCCCGACCGAUGUCUUCAAGGAGUUUGAUGAGAUCAUGUCUGGCAACUAUGAUUCUGGCGUCACGUCCGCGAAGAAGGGCAAAAAGCACAAGAAAAAAGAGAAGAAGAAGCGCAAGUUUCUCGACAAGAUUGGAGGUCCCUGGGCGGAACGAUACAGCGUAUCGCUGGUUGCUCCCAGCCUAGUACCGAACUUCUUCCCAAGUCUCCGCGUGGUUGAAUACAAUAUCACCAAUCUCGAGAAUGUCGCAUUUGUGGCUGAUUUGACCUCUUAUGAAACUCACACUACAUCCAAUGAUCCUGACCACACCGCACAUGAAACAUUUGAAUCAGACACCUCUACCCCAGAGAUCCAUAAGAAAAAGAAAAAGGACAAGAAAAAGAAGCCGAACUUCAAAGUCCCCGAACCCCCAUCGAAAACUGCUCCCCCAGGCCCCGCAUAUUCCAACCAGGCGUUUUCUUGGCUGGCCUACACCCAAUACUUCGCAAACCUGACCCAGAUCAACCACGAGAUCGCGACAGGCCAGCGAGGUGACGACCCUCGUGUCGACUUCGAGGUCGAGUACCGCACAGAUGAUGACGUGUACCAGAUGAAAGACCUCACAGUGCGCAGCUACUUCCAACUCGCAGCUAGAAUUGCCGAGGAGGACGAAGCCGACGCAGACAGCCACAGCGGCUCUAAUAGACGGGCAGCUGAUUGGUCUGCAACCGAUAAAAAGAAGCCAAUCAACACUACUUGGCGCGCUUUCCUGUCGCGGGCCUUUGUUGGAUUCGAGGAUAUCGGUGACUUGAUUGACUAG